UUUAUCUUGUGCCACAUUCCAACCGAUUCCCUUCAGUCUAUCGUCUGCUGCGCUUGGGAGAAGUACGCUGCUAAACAUGAAACAGUUUAAAGAUUUUCGCUGGUCGGGAAUCAUUUUGGCUCUCGCCUGCACGGUUGCAGCCUCCAAAACCUACAAAUGUUCCGUCAUAAACGAGGCUGGUUUCUGUUUCCUGGAGAACGUCGUCAUUAAUAGUUCAACGAACCUGCAGCAGCUAGAGUUCCCGAAGCAUCCCAUCCUGUUGAUCAAAUCCGGAUCGAUUCCUAACUUCUCGAAGGAAAUCUACAGCCAUUUCGCCGGUGUCCGACUACUGCACAUGUACAACCACACCAGCAUUCGGAAGCUACUGAUCGCUAACAUAAACCUGACCGAGAUAAACCUCCAGCGCAACGGACUGCUGGAAUUCGACGUGGAACCACAGGAAGACCGACACCUGAAAACGCUAACCAUCGUCCACAAUGCGCUCACAACCAUCCCUAAAAACAUUCGCUUUCUGGAGGGUUUGGAGAAACUAUACCUAUACAACAACUCAAUCGAAUACAUCGACCUGGAACUGUUCUCCAAUGUCAGCGCCCUCAAGGUGCUGUCCCUGUACGACAACAAGAUCAAAACCCUGGACUCGAAACUAGGUCUACGAUUCGGGAACCUGCAGACACUUUCGCUUAGCAAAAACCGGCUAACCUUCAUUCCGUACUUUUUCGAUGCAUUCCCCGUACUGAAUGCCAUUUCGCUGCGUAAGAACCUCUGGAACUGCCGCUGGUUGGAAUCCGCCGUGGACCAUAUGGAACAGCGUAAGAUACAAAUCGCUCGGAAGGAUGCCUUCUGUCGGGAUCACUGGGUAGGGGAUAUUUGCUGCUACAAAACGGUGCUGGACUUUCUCUUUCUUAAGCAGCACGAGGAACUACGGCGGGACCGGGAACAGCUGCAGAAACUGUCCCAGCAGAAUCAGGAUCUGAGACAUCUGGUCGAACGGUUGGCCGACAGUGUGCACAAGCUGGAGGAGGGCAGUAAUAAGAUGUGAGGUGGGGACGGUGGAUGUGUGUAUGUGAUAAAAUUUUGUACAAAAAUGCAACUGCACUUUCGGACAUAGUGUGAUUAUUUUUUUAUCGCAUCCGGGACCGUGGAAUGCGGCAUUGCACCGUAGCUGAUGUGAAGGGGGCUGAUAAGUUCGCAGGAAUAACAAGCGAUAUGUGUGGAAAGAUCUGUGAGAGAAGGUCGUUGACACUGGUGAUAAAACACGAAGAAUGUACUGAUAAAAGACAAAGUUGAAAAUUUUGAGUAAAAUAUAAAAAAAAACAAUUUGUGGAAUCAUCUAUGGUUUCUUUGCUUCUAAUUGACAGUGGGGACAUGUUAUAUGCUAUUUCCAUGUUUGCCAUUUAUGGACAUACCAACAAUUAAAAUAAUUUCAUCUAACCAAAAACGCCAUUUUUGUUUGUUUCGAUUAUAGAGGUUAGGGUCAUUUGCCUUUUUUCGAGUUAGAAAAAUCUCUUUUAGGAAAAUCUCAACCCCAUGUGCGGCGUUUGGAAUCGAACCCAAGUGAGCUGCUUAUGAGGAAAUCAAUUUACCAAUUACGCUAUGCCCACCAA